AUGUCUGCUGAUCAACGGCAUGCCCUAGAGGCGCUGCGUGACCAUGGCGAUGUCACAGAUGAUAAUGCCCAGGUGGACGACAAUGACUCCUAUGGUGCCUGGGAUGUUCUCGAUGGAACCCAGGCACUCGAUAUAAGUCAUGGAGGGGGAGAACUGCAGGAACUCACCUGUGGGAUUGCUGGUGAUUUUUGGAAUGCCCAUAGUAGACAGUCAGUUUGUCGUAAAGACUACCAGUCACGACGCGAUCGAACACAAUGUCGGAUCGAGGCGUUUGACUACCAAAUGCCAGCACUAAUUACAGUGUACCUUACACGGAGUCUGGAGAGAGAUGAGAAAUGUGGAAUGGGAUUUUUUGAGAGGCAGAAAGAUGUUGAUGCCGAUGACGUCAAUGCUGGCCAAGUGUUUAUCGAAGUUGUUGAUAUACAUCACGCUGAGAAAGUGCACCUUUCAAUUCUCUCAUCCAACACAUAUCUUGCUUCAGCACUCGUCCGCCAUGGUGUCAUUCCCUGUUCCCCAAUUAAUCCUUCAGUUGGCAUGACCAUUGACUGCCUGGAGUUUUAUCGUAUCGCACGCCAGCGCUGCCCGAACUUCUCUAUUCAAGCAUUUACGAAGACUCUCUGUGAUUUGCAAGGCAAACGUUUCCAUAGCUACCUGUCAUGCCAAUUGUCGAUCACUUUGGAUCUUUACUUGCUCAUUUGCACGCAGGUUCGUUCACUGGUCCAGGAGGCAAUAGGACAAAGUGCUAUUGACUGGAACCUCAAACAUGCAUGUCCUGCAUGUUUGUAUGCCCUAGAUGCGGAACCUCAACUCAAAUUUAGUCUGUUGUAUGCAAUGGAUGGAAACAAUUCACUCAAGCGAGUCCUCAAGCGAGUCCCUGACAAGGAGCAUGCCGAAGAUUUAGUAUCACGGAACAUUCCUCAGUCAUCAGAGCUCCCGACGUCUCAAUCCAUCGUAGACUAUCAUUACUUGACCAGGGAGUAUGUGGAUUCUUUCGCAGACACAUUAAACCCUCAAGUUGAUUUGUUCAACGAUGAUGACGAGGAUGAUAACCCUUGUGCGGGUCGAUGGAAAAAUAUGAAGGAUGACAAAACAAAAUGGAUGUGGGGAGUUUUUGAUGAGUUGGGGAUCUUUAUGGCAGUGUGUCGACACAGUUUUACACUUAUCAUUGCAGACAUGGUGCAGAGUGGUGAAUGUGCAAAAUAUCCACUCACUGUUGUCUCAAGGCUACUUGAUACAUUCAGACACAACCUUGGCAGGGGGUACGACAUUGGAUGUAGGUUCAAGACCACACUCUCUCGCAGCUCUCUUCGUCCUCAUGCUCGUACCCUGAAUCACACCCCACUUGUCGGAGCUUUUCAUGGUCAUGCCCACCGCCGUUUAUGUCAACUAGAUCACCUCACAACAUAUGUCACUGGUCUCGGCUUAGAAGACCUCGAGGGUUGUGAACGGACAUUCUCAAAGUCAAACGUGCUCGCUCCUGCCACUCGUUAUGCGAGUGUGUUUCACCAUCGUCAAGCAAACUUAGGUUAUUUUGAGCACAACAACGAAUUUGAAAUAUAUCAUAAUUUGACUACGUUCCUAUACAACUACAAACAGGCGCUCAACAUUCUGUAUGAUGGCCAGACUGUUCUUCCACGCCUGAUGCAGGAACUCGGUGUUACGGACGAAUCAGAACUCGAGGCGUGGCUUGAGAAUGAACGUUGGAACACAAAAGCUGGAGGAAAGGAUCUGGAGCAGGAAACUCUUCAAAUGGAAUAUUGGCAGAAGCUCGUGAACUUGUCCACAAGCAAGAAGGAAUUAGAUGGGACGGCGUGGUCUCUGACCAUGCCAGGAUCAUCCUUUGGACAGGCCGACGUUAGCAUGACAGUAAGACUCAAGACAGCAUGCUGUCAUGCACUAGAGAAUUAUGAGAAGGACCUCAAAAUUGUCCAUGACCUGGAGAUGAAGCUUGGCGUGGACAAACAUUGGCAACUGGAAGAUAUUGAGUGGCAAAAUGCUGGAUGGCUCGUCGUCAACAGGAAGUACCAGCUGGCAUUGGACACGCUCGAAGGACUAAUUGUUGCCAGGAUCUUCGAACUCUCCAAGAUGAAUAGGGCAGGAACAGGCUAUAAAAUGCAAAAACACAUCAGCAAGGCCCUCCAAGUCCAGUCUGCAGCCAUCCAUACAGCUCUCGAUUGCUAUAACCUCACUGCUCGUGCAUUAUCCUCACCACGUCCAGCACUGAAGUGGGAAGAUGUUGUCGAGUACGCGUUCCUUACAGAUUUCGAGCUUCUCCGCGACGCACACGAGGAUAUUUCGCAAUGCCCGUGGGCUACUCCAUCUGGUCGCCAUGCAAUGGACUUAUAUUUCAAGAUGUGUCACGCGAGGGAAGAAAUUGAGCGUCUGAAUGUAGAGAUCAGGUGUGUGGCUACGUAUCUGCAAGACGAGAGACAUUACCUGGAGGAAUGCGAGAUCCUAUUGCACACGCUGCACCCAGGUUUGGCCCAUCAAGUACAGAUCCUCCGGAACACGCGCGGCCGCUUCCUGGAUUAUCACUGCCAGCGGCUGCGAGACAUUGUGGGGCUACCUGGGUUUUCCGGGACACUGCUCCCUGGGCAGGCUCUGCACAAUGGUCCAGGAGAGUUGACAAUGGAUGGUGUACACUAUGUACACCCAAAGAGUAUCUGA